AUGGAAAGCAGCAAGGGCAUACCAUGGACAAGCGUUGGACUUUUCCAUCGCGGCACCGUGGAGACGAGGGAGCAAUGGCCCGUAACGAUCCUCAUAGGAUCGGGCCAGGCAGAUGACGAAUACUGGGCAACCGUUGGUCGCCGCGAGAUCGAGAGACUCUCGAAGAACCGCUUCCAGACUGAGGUCGUCUACUCCAAGGAUUGGAGACUGACAGGAAGUGGAGCUAUCGACAUGACUGUCCACGCUCCAGACUUGGAAAUGGGCGCAUCAUUUGGGCCUGCAGGGUUGAAAGGUGGUGCCACCUUGGGCGGGUUCAUCAAGUUUGUUCCCGAAGGACAGCAAGAGCCACUGAAUCUCGCCAUCACGAACCACCAUGUAGCCAUACCAUCGUGUUCGGACAUUGCAGUGAUGGACAACCGAAGAAGCGUCACCGCAGAUAGCCUACCCCCAGGGCUAGCAAUGCCAAGAUUCACUAGCCCUACAGAGGACGAUCAUCAUGAACCAGAGAAGAGUCUGAGAGCUGAUAAGGACGCCUUCGAGUAUCUUUUAGAGCAUCUUGAAGCACAUCUGGACCGGCUGGUGGAAGGAACAAGGGAAGAGACCGCAACAAGUACUCUCAAGAAUACCGUGAAACGAGUAUUCGACCUGAAGGCCGCGCUGUUAAGUAAAGAAGAGGAGAUCGAUCUUGUGGCAAAGCACACGCUCCAAGUCGGAACAGCGCUUGCCACAUCAGGUCACAGGCUACACAUAGCACCUAUCGAUUACCAAAUCCUGGAUACUCGAAGAGAGUACCAAGUGGCGUUUCGGGGGCGAACAAGCGGAUGGGAGUUCGGCGAGGUCAACAGCACCGUUUCCAUUCUUAACGCUUUCACGGACAGUACGCCCUCAGAGAUUCCAGGCGCAAUAUCCAGAAAAUAUGCAGUCACUCCGGAGGAACCAGGCUAUAGCUGGGCCAUAACUCCACGUUGGGGAUACGUAGCAAGAGAGCCAUGCCGUCCUGGAGACUCCGGGAGCGUAGUGCUUCUUGACCCAACUGAUGUCGCUAUGGAGGCAAAGUGGGUAGGGUUGUUAUUCGGCCACGAACAAGAUUCAGUAGCAUACAUGACGCCAAUUGACAUGGUGAUCCAAGAUAUGGAGAUGGUGCUGAAAGGAAAGAUUGUAUCCCCGGUUCGAGUGGAAUUAUAG